AUGGGCUCAAUACAUGAGGGCAGAACUGUGAAAGUGAGCAAUGUUUCACUGGGUGCUUCCGAACAGGACAUCCAGGAAUUCUUUUCGUUCUCCGGGAUAAUUGAAUAUGUGGAGAUGAAAAGUGAGAGUGAGCGUUCUCAGACGGCAUUCGUCACUUUUAAGGACACUCAGGGAGCUGAGACUGCUGUUCUUCUAACGGCCUCUGAAGACAAGAAUGCAGGCGGCACAACCUCGUCUGCUGUCCAAAAAGCCGAGGAUGUCGUGAGCAGCAUGCUAGCCAAGGGCUUCGUUCUUGGAAAAGACGCCGUGAACAAGGCCAAGGCCUUUGACGAGAAGCAUCAGGUCAUAUCCACAGCCACAGCCAAAGUUGCCUCACUCGACCAGAAAAUUGGCCUUAGUGAGAAAAUCACCACUGGGGCUGCCAUUGUCAACGACAAGGUCAAGGAAGUCGACCAGAAGUUCCAAGUCUCUGAAAAGACGAAAUCGGCCUUUGCAGCAGCCGAGCAGACUGUUAGCACAGCUGGCUCGGCCAUUAUGAAAAACCGAUAUGUUUUGACAGGAGCUUCAUGGGUUACUGGGGCUUUCAGCAGGGUUACUAAGACUGCUGGUGAGGUUAGCCAGAAGACGAUGGAGAAAGUGGCUGAAGGCCAGCCUGGAAAACAUGCGUCAGAAGGUUAUGCCGAGAUUCAGACAACAUCUGGGUCUCCUCCAAAGGAAAGCACGGGUGAUAAGAAGAAGCCCUCGUCUCCAAAGGGAUUGAUUCUCUGAGUUGUGUUAGGGGAGAUUGAAUAAUGAACUUAUGUAUAUGCCUUCUUAUAUGUUGUGCGCAAGAAAGACUAGUUUGGUUAGUCUCUUUUGUUUUUCCUAAGGUUUUGUGAUUGGGUUUGAUCUGGAUUUUAUUCGGGAUGCUUGGUAGUGAUUUGAAUAUGUUUCUUAUUUUUAUUUUAUUUUGUUAUUACUUUUAUUUGUAUCCCUAAUUCCCUAUCCCCUGUCAGUCCUUUUGAAUUGUUUGUGUUUUAUUUUUUCAUGUCGAAUUGCACUCACGUAUAUGUGAGGUAUGAGGUUAAAAACCACGACUGUGUGCACAGGUAGGAUCGAAUGUGUCCCUCGCCCGUUAUCCAUUUUCAUAUUUGUUGCCUCUAUUAAUUUAUUUUAGAAAAUUAUUUAUCU